AUGGCCGAUAACGACAACCAGCGGCUGAAGAAUUUCAAGAACAAGGGCCGAGAUUUGGAGACUAUGCGAAGACAGCGAACCGAAGUUGUGGUAGAACUCCGAAAGGUCAAACGAGAUGAACAUCUGUUGAAAAGAAGAAAUGUACCUCAUGAAGAUAUGUGUGAGGACUGUGAUCUUGAUGGGGAUUUCAGAUCGCAAAACACCUCACUUGAAGCAAUAGUGGAAAAUGCCAACAGCAAUAACCAGGGCAUCCAGUUGAGUGCAGUUCAGGCUGCCAGGAAGUUGCUGUCAAGUGAUCGUAACCCUCCCAUUGAUGACCUGCUAAAGUCUGGGAUUCUUCCCAUAUUAGUGCGUUGUCUGGACAGAGAUGACAACCCAUCUCUUCAAUUCGAAGCUGCCUGGGCCCUCACAAAUAUAGCAUCAGGGACAUCAGAGCAAACCCAAGCAGUGGUUCAAGCCAAUGCUGUUCCCCGCUUCUUGAGAUUACUUGAAUCUUCUCAUCAAAACGUGUGUGAACAGGCAGUGUGGGCUUUGGGCAACAUCAUUGGUGAUGGCCCUCAAUGCAGAGACUAUGUCAUUGACUUAGGUGUGGUGAGGCCACUGCUGGGUUUCAUAAGUCCCUCCAUCCCCAUCACCUUUCUUCGCAAUGUGACUUGGGUUAUGGUCAAUCUUUGUCGCCACAAAGACCCUCCACCCUCCAUGGAAACGAUCCAAGAGAUUCUGCCUGCUCUGUUUAGGUUAAUCCGGCACUCGGAUGUCAGUAUCUUGGUUGAUACUGUGUGGGCUCUGUCCUACCUAACUGAUGCCGGCAAUGAGCAAAUCCAAAUGGUCAUUGACUCUGGCAUCGUUCCUCUCUUAGUGCCACUGCUCAGUCACCAGGAGGUCAAAGUGCAGACAGCUGCUCUUAGAGCUGUGGGAAACAUAGUGACUGGAACAGACGAACAGACACAGGUUGUGCUCAACUGUCAAGCUCUCAGUCACUUUCCAGCCCUUCUCACUCACCCCAAAGAGAAGAUUAACAAGGAGGCAGUGUGGUUCCUGUCAAACAUAACUGCCGGGAACCAGCAACAAGUGCAGGCGGUCAUUGAUGCCAAGCUCGUUCCCAUGAUCAUUCAAUUACUUGAUAAGGGUGAUUUUGGCACACAAAAAGAAGCGGCUUGGGCUAUAAGCAACCUGACUAUAAGUGGAAGGAAAGAUCAGGUGGAACACCUGAUCGAUACGGAUGUGAUUCCACCGUUUUGCAACCUGCUCACUGUGAAGGAUGCCCAAGUUGUGCAGGUUGUCCUUGACGGACUAAGCAAUAUUCUGAAAAUGUUUGAUGAUGAAGCAGACACAAUUGCUGGGCUUAUUGAGCAAUGUGGAGGUUUACAAAAAGUAGAGGCUUUGCAAAAUCAUGAAAAUGAAGACAUCUACAAAUUGGCAUAUGAAAUUAUUGACCAGUUUUUCUCAUCUGACGACAUUGAUGACGACUCCAGUCGGGUUCCGGAAGCCAUCCAAGGUGGAACCUUUGGCUUCAACCCAGCCAACGUGCCAGCUCAGGGAUUCCAAUUCUAG